UCAUAUUCCUCCAUUUUGAUCGACUAGCUGACAACGAAUGGACGGGUGUUUGUUGUCGUACUGCAGCGAUCAAAUCUGACAUUCUGAACCGGCGGACUGAGGCCUGGGGAGGUUUACGAACUGGUGAAUGGCGGCGACGACCCGGAGUGAGCAGCCACUCGACAGCGUGCAUUGAGUGCAACUGUGGUCGAUGGGUGUAACUCCUGGAGAAGUCAGUUCUGACACUUAUGCCUCCCAAUCCCACAUCCUAACCUCACAGCAGCCAGACCUACAAGCAAGCCUAGCCAGGACACCAGCUCCAUCGCAGCUUGCCGCCACAGCAACAACGCAACAACGCAUGCCUCCAUAGUACUGGGCUUUCGGUCUGCCCACGCCGCCUAGCUCCUGCAUAACUCAGUUCGUCCGUGUCGUCGUCCAUUUUACUUCGCUUUCCCGCAGAGUUGGCGCGCGCGAGGAAGAUCUCUCGCUCUGGCGGUGUGUAUCGUAACUUCGUAAAUGACGGAGCCGAACACAAUGGCGAGCAAGGAGGUCGGUUUCGAGGGCUUGUUGUCGGCUGAAGGCAACGCAGGUCAGCCAGGUGUUUAUUACCAAUCUGGCCAGACUGAUGCCCCAGUCGAGUCCCACCCGAUGGAUUUGGCGCGUGACCGAGCGCAGACAACAUCGGGUAGUGCCGCGCAUGGCGUGGACAAGGGUGAUGUGGGCGUCUUCUUCCGCGAUGGUGUCCGGCGCAUCGACUACGUGAUGGCCUUCGAGCCAGGGCUCACCGACGACAACAAAUGGCGGCAAACGCGUGCUGAGAAGCGCAAGAUCUUCGAAGACGCCCUCAAGGACACAUACCAGGUGGACUUGGAGCACGAGGAAGAGUCGAACGACGGCAAGACGAACUUUGUCAAGCUGCACCUGCCGUUCCCGACGCUGUGCAAGUGGGCUGAGAUCCUUCUGAUGCGCAUGCCACUGAGCAUGGACAACAAGCAGACACACACAACGCUGGAAAGAGCACUGGAGUGCUGCUGCUGUGGCAACAACCCGUUUGACUGCGACCUGGAAGAGGAGCCCAACCAGUACACAGCCCUGUUCACACGGACCAUGGGCCCAAAGUUCAUCAACUUCGACAAACCCAACAUCUUCUUCUCGCCCGCCCAGCGCAGCCGCAUUGCCUACGAGAUCUUGUCCAAGGCGCGCUAUGGAGAGGGUGAGCAUCACGAUGAGGAGUCACGCGCUCACGAGAAGACCAAGAUUGGCGUGGAGCGCCUGCUCGGUAACAAGUCCUACGUGGCAGCAUACCCACUGCACGAGGGAGGGUUUGAGGCGGACGCCGACAUCAACGCACGAUCAGAGUUGUACCGAACGUGGGGAGACUGGAGGCAUGGCAAUUGGUAUCGAUUCCAGCCACUCGAUCACAUUCGCAACUACUACGGAGAGAAGAUUGCCAUCUACUUUGCCUGGCUUGGCUACUAUACGUCUGUGCUUAUUCUGCCGAGCAUAGUCGGUCUGAUCGUUUUCAUCAUUGGCUUGAUCAUUGCCUACUCGGGUACCACCAACGUCGGUGCACAAGUAUGCAACCUGGAAGGCCUCAAUCGAAGCUCGUCGCUCUGCCACAACAGCUCGCUGCUGGGCCCCAAUGACCUGCAGUGCCGAGACGUUCUCAUGUGUCCGUUGUGCGAUUCGGACUGCGAUUACUGGCUUUACUCGUCUGCGUGCACUUACAGCAGAGCUACACUUAUCUUUGACAACCCAGCCACCGUGUUCUUUGCCGCGUUCAUGGCGCUGUGGGCCACGUUCUUCCUGGAGUUCUGGAAGAGGCAGCAAAACGAGAUUGCCUACGACUGGGAUUUGACAGACUUUGAGGAGGAGGAAGAGCGACCUCGUCCCCGGUUUGAGGCCAAGGUCCGCCGCUUGCGCCCCAACCCGGUCACGCAAAUUGAAGAACCGUAUCAAAGCGAGCCCUCCUACUAUGUGAAGAUCUUCUCUGCCCUGUCAGUGAUGGCGUUCUUCGUCAUUCUUGUUCUGGCAGUGCUCAUUUCCGUUAUCCUCUACAGAAUUGUUGUGGCAGAGGCCUUCUACAAGAUCGAUACCAUCCGCAGCCUGAGCGGCAUCCUUACGACCGUCACCGCAUCGCUGAUCCAAGUCAUCAUGAUCAUGCUCUUGGGGAAGAUUUACGAAUUCCUCGCCGUGGGCCUUACCAACUGGGAGCUGCAUCGCACGCAAACGGAGCACGAGGACUCCUUCACCUUCAAGAUGUUCCUCUUUCAGUUCUGUAACUACUACGGGAGUAUCUUCUACAUCGCCUUCUUCAAGGGCAACUUCGCCGGGUACCCACCAAAUUAUGACACGAUCGCCGGCUACCGAUUGGACGAGUGUGGUGCCGGAGGUUGUCUAAUUGAGCUGACAAUUCAGUUGGCCAUCAUCAUGGUGGGAAAGCAAGCCUUCAACAAUUUCAUGGAGGUGGUUCUGCCCAGAAUUAAGGUCUACUUGGCUAAGCGUGACAACACUGACCAACCACCAAACCGCUGGGAGGCCGACUACGAUUUGAAUCCCCUUCCUGAUCAUGGACUUUUCAGUGAAUACCUGGAGAUGGUGCUGCAGUACGGAUUCGUAACCCUGUUUGUCACGGCCUUCCCACUGGCACCUAUUUUCGCCCUGAUCAACAACAUCGUUGAGAUUCGCCUGGACGCAAACAAGCUGUUGACACAGACACGCCGGCCGUUUGCUGACCGCGCCGAAGACAUCGGCAUCUGGUACGGAAUUCUCGAUGCGUUGUCGACCUUUGCCGUCAUCACCAACGGCCUUGUCAUCGCUCUCACCUCCGGCUUUGUUCCUCGUCUUGUCUACGAGCGGACGGUGAAUAACAAAGUCAGCAUCUACAAUGAAAACCGCACCAACGACAAUACCGUUGCUGGCUUUGCGCUCUACUCUAUCAGUGUCACCAGCCAUGCUGUGUUUGAGGAGUUGGAGAACGCGACAAUGGGCGGCCCCAAGCCACUGAGCAACAGCACCGUGCGUGCUGACUACCUCGCCAACAACCGUGACCUGAAUGAAGGCAAUCUGGUGUGCGGAUACCGUGGGCCAAAGCGGGGGCGCAAUGAUGGUGACGGCGUAGCCGAGCUGACAAGCUUCUACUGGCACAGCGUGGCAGGUCGCUUGGCAUUCCUCAUCGCCUUUGAGCACAUCGUGUUCUUCAUCAAGGCCAUCAUUGCCUGGCUUGUGCCCGACAUUCCCAAGAGCAUCAAGCUCCAGCAGCAGCGCGAGGCCUUCCUCGCCAAGACCAUGCUACGCGGACAGGAUCCGGCUGCUAACGCGUCCGCAGUCAACGAUGAUGAUUGAAUGGUCGUCUACAGGCAGCAGAAUGGCAUGCGUCGACGCAUCGCGUGGCAAUGAAGCUGUUUCCUUUAUCACCGUGGGAUGGAGCCUGAUGCAUUAACCCCCCCCCCCCCUCCCCCUCCUCCUCGCAGUCUUCAAUUCGCCGAAUGAUGCAUUGACAUCAUUCAGCGGACUAAGUAAAUCUAGUUGUCGGCAAAUUUUCUGUUGAUACUUGCAUCUGCUUGUCUCGAAUGUGAUUAUCUCAUUGAUUCAGUGUAUGCGUACUGCAUGGUACGUCACGAGGCAUGCAUAGGUGAUUUGCUAGGUGUGAUAUGCCAGGUCAAAGCUAGGUAUUAUCUUUUAUAGAACAACAUUAGAGUACUAUCUCCGUAGGUGAUCAUGAGUAGAGUGUGAACAGCACAAUUUCGUCUGCAUUGCCUUAUAUUUACAAUGGGUAGGAUGCAGUGCAUGUCCACUACUAUAUGCCAGUAGAUAUCAUCAUGUCUGCUCAGCGUCAAUGUUCGCUCCGUGCAUUCUUCAUCAAUUGUAUUUGUACUGCUGUUGCUAGUCUUGUACUCAUGCUACUUCUACAUGUAACAUGCUACUUACACUCAGUGAUGUGCAUACCCUAAGCCAAAACAUCUUGCUUUGAAGGAAUGACAGUUACGUAGCACUCGAGGCAGCAUUCUGAACUC